AUGGACGAGCUGAGAUUUUUAUCUUUGAAUGAGCAUCUAGGAGUUGAAGAUGAUCUACUACAGCUUUCACUUAUAAGAGAUUUUGGCAGCAAUCGUGCAAAUGAUGAUUACGACGAUGGCGAUGUGUCAAUGCAAGACGUUUCUGCAAUUCAGGAAACUAACGACAGCUUGCAUUCGCUCACUAUAGACACAGAACAGGUAAAGUCAUCUAAACCUGCAUUACAGCUCAAAAGUCUUAUGCAUCCAACUGAACUCGGAGCACGAUUCGCUCAAAGUGAAAAAACCGGGAAGACCGCUGAUGCACGAGACCAAGUAGAAGAAGAAAUCCUUGAUCUAGGUUACGUCGGCACCUCGGCAUAUAGAAGUUAUGAUCAGACAGAAUUUGAAGCUAAACGACGAGGUUCAAUCAACGAAUUACCGGAUCACUACUUACAAUCACCAACAAUAAAUGAAGGUCGCCCGUUCUCUGUUCAUCAUCAUUAUUAUUUUCCAUCCCAAGCGCCCAUGAAAGAGAAUACAACAUUGCCACAACCAUGGUCAAAGAAGUCGACCCCCAAUUCGAAAUGGCCUUAUUUGAUAUCGACGUAUUUACAGCUGGCUAUGAAUACGUUGACUGCUCUCUAUGCCAUGAAGCUUGUCUAUGAUAGCAUUCAGACUAUAAAGCAAGACGUCGAUCGAGGAUUAAAGGAAAAGCUGCAGUCCACUUAUUUUGAAAUGAGGGCAUGCCGUCAAAACUUUUUAGACAAUAAUUGUCAACUCCCUACCCGAGCUCCUGCUUUAAGAGAUUCAUGCCAAGAAUGGAAAAACUGCAUGAACAGAAAUCCAAUGCUCUCUCUCAACUACUCUACACUGAUUGCUGAGAUUUUUGGUGCCACAAUCAGCUCUUUCGUCGAACCGUUAGGUAUCAAAAGUUUCUUGCUUUUAGUUGUCUUCCUCGUCUGCAAUUAUUGGGCAAACUUCGGUUGUGGAUUUCUUCGCGCGAAGUCAUACUAUGGAUGGCAAAAUGUGGAUUCCAAUUUCAAUGAUCAGUCUCCAAUUGGAGCUGGCACAGAUACUUCAAGUUUUCUCUCUGUCAAAAGACUUGAGAACUAG